AUGGACCUCCAAUAUUACUCGAAGCUCAUUCCGGUGGGAAUCAAAUGGGGACGCUACAACAUCAUUCUGUGCACAUGCUAUCAUUCCGUGAGGCAGUGGUUCCAUCGCCAGCUUCAAGGGCUACUCGGCUCAUCGGGGGAUAUAGCUGCUAGAGUAUUCUAUGGAGCUGCUGUACUUAUAGCCUUAGGCGAAGCUGGACGAUCUGGGAGUUUGGAAGAAUUUCAUGAGGAUCAAUGUAUAAGUGAGCGGACACAAAAACCAUACAUAAGUGAUGAUGAGAAAACCCGGACUGCAGAAGCACUCUGGCACCAAUGGUGGUUUUUGGGUGCAGUACUGGCAUUGUUUUUGUCUCGUUUUGAAUGGUAUUUAAUCUUCAUGAUCUCAGCAUCUGCGAUCGGGUUUUUCUCGUUCAUAUUCAGGCUCGGCCGUGCCUCUUACUUCAUAAGCAAUAAAGACCUAGCCAGAAAUAAAGAAGACAUAAGGAUACUGCAUCUUGACUCUCUUGAAAACAUAUCCACCCUCUGUCCAGUAGAACAAUUGCAAGAACCAAGACUGGAGCUUUACACAGCCACAGAGAUGAUCCCGUAUCGGCGAGCAGAACAGGCACAAGAAGGGGAGAAUCUCACAGAACCCAAAGAGUGUCUCCGUCCGGCAGAAAGAUUAAGAGCAAAAAAGUUUUGGACACUCAGUAAACUUAAGGAGGAAAAACUGUUUUUCAUGAAGCUAUUGCCUUGGUGCCCAGCCUUUUUGGUAUACAGUGCGGUAGAGGCAUCAGUCAACACGUUUUAUAUAGAACAAACAGAUAACUGGAAAGUUCCUGCUGCCGGAAUUAUUCUCAUCAUGAAUAGCAAAUCGUUCUCAAAUUUCAUCAUUCCAUAUCUUUUUCAGUUACUUGUUCCAAAGAAGUGCAGAGAUGAUACAGUUGAGAUCCACAGGAUGAGUUCAGUAAAACACGGUUCCAAUAGUAUUAGCGUCUUUUGGUUACUUCCACAGUUCUGCCUAGCAGGCCUCAUGGAAGGGCUAGCUGUCGGGGGAUUGAAUAAUGGACUUGUUCUUGAUCGAGUAGCUGAGGAGUUUGUUGCUAUUGUUACCCGUUCUCUGUUGGUGUUUGUUUCCAUUUUCCAGUGUUUGUAUAUAUACCUAGAUUCGUGA